AUGAAACUGGAUUGUGGGUUCAUAGAUCUGGAGAAGGCAUAUGAUAAAGUACCAAGAGAGGAACUGUGGCACUGCAUGCAGGAGUCAUCGAAACCGGGUAUAUCAGUAGACUGUGAAGGAUCUGGCAAUGCUGAAGUUAAAAGGAGAGUGCAGGCAAGGUGGAAUGAGUGGAGAAAAGUAACAGGAAUUUUGCGUGACAGGAACAUGCCGAUAGGAGUGAAGGGGAAAAUCUAUAUGACGUGUGUAAGACCAGCAAUGCUGUAUGGCAUGGAGACAGUAUCAGUAACAAAGUUACAAGAAGCAAAGAUGGAGGUGGCAGAAAUCCGAAUGUAG